GGGGAACUGCGGGGCAGUGCGCAUCCUGAAGAGCAGGUGAUCAGUGACGUCAGCCAUGUCGUCGCGGCCUUUUGAAAGUCCACCUCCGUAUAGACCUGAUGAAUUCAAACCCAAUCACUAUGCACCAAGCAAUGAUGUCUAUGGUGGAGACAUGCACGUCCGACCCAUGCUCUCUCAGCCGGCGUACUCUUUCUACCCAGAAGAUGAAAUUCUUCACUUCUACAAAUGGACCUCUCCUCCAGGAGUCAUUCGGAUUCUGUCUAUGCUCAUUAUUGUGAUGUGCAUUGCCAUAUUUGCCUGUGUUGCCUCCACACUUGCCUGGGAUCGAGGCUAUGGAACUGGCUUACUGGGUGGUGGUCUAGGCUACCCUUACAGCAGUGGCUUUGGUAGCUACGGAGGUGGCUAUGCAUAUGGUUAUAGCUAUGGUUAUGGCUAUGGAGGCUACACCGAUCCAAGAGCAGCAAAGGGCUUCCUCCUGGCCAUGGCGGCCUUUUGUUUCAUUGCCGCAUUGGUGGUAUUUGUUACCAGCGUUAUACGAUCUGACAUAUCUAGGACAAGAAGAUACUACUUGACUGUCAUAAUACUGAGUGCUAUCCUGGGUGUCAUGAUGUUUAUCGCCACCAUUGUCUACAUAAUGGGAGUCAACCCAACUGCCCAGGCUUCUGGUUCUAUAUACAGUUCACAGAUAUAUGCUCUCUGCAACCAGUAUUAUGCGUCUACAACUACUGGGAUGUACAUGGAUCAGUAUUUGUAUCACUACUGUGUGGUGGAUCCCCAAGAGGCAAUUGCCAUUGUACUGGGGUUCAUGGUUAUUGUGGCUUUUGCUUUAAUAAUUUUCUUUGCUGUGAAAACCCGAGGAAAGAUGGAUCGGUAUGACAAGUCGAAUAUUUUGUGGGACAAGGAACAUAUUUAUGAUGAACAACCCCCCAAUGUCGAAGAGUGGGUUAAAAACGUUUCUGUAGGCACACAGGACAUGCCUCCUCCCCCUUCUGACUAUGUGGAGAGAGUGGACAGUCCCAUGGCCUACUCUUCUAAUGGUAAAGUGAAUGACAAGAGGCCCUAUCCAGAGUCUUCCUACAAAUCAACACCGGUGCCGGAAGUGGUGCAGGAGCUGCCGGUGACCUCGCCCGUGGAUGACUUCAGGCAGCCUCGCUACAGCAGCAGCAGCAACUUCGAGACGCCUUCCAGAAGGGCCCCCACGAAAGGAAGAGCAGGCAGGUCCAAGCGGCCGGAGCAGGACCACUAUGAAACAGACUACACGACUGGCGGAGAGUCCUGCGACGAGCUGGAGGAGGACUGGAUCAGGGAAUAUCCACCUAUUACUUCAGAUCAACAAAGACAACAGUACAAGAGAAAUUUUGACGCUGGCCUGCAGGAAUAUAAGAGCUUACAAGCAGAACUUGAUGAGGUCAAUAAAGAACUCUCUCGUCUGGAUAAAGAAUUGGAUGACUAUAGAGAAGAAAGUGAAGAGUACAUGGCUGCUGCUGAUGAGUACAAUAGACUGAAGCAAGUUAAGGGAUCUGCAGAUUACAAAAAUAAGAGGAAUUAUUGCAAGCAGCUGAAGAGCAAAUUGUCACACAUCAAGAAGAUGGUGGGAGAUUAUGACAGACAGAAAACAUAGAAGACAAAUGGCAUACAAUUGAGAGAUUAAGAAGUAUUUGACAUCUCUGCAAUGUUGUCAGAAGGCAAAAUGACUUUGGAUUCUAACCCAGGAGACCAAGUCUUUUUGAUCAUUACAAAGUUCGGGUAGCUUUAAUAUCAUCAGUAUUAAAGCAUUUUAUAACUAGCUUUUGGUAAUCAACUGGGCUGAACACUCCAUUUAAGGAUUCUAGGCUUUAAACUUCGGCUGCUGUAUUAAGGACUGACUGACUACAGGUUGAGGAUUUUAAACCUUGAAGGAAGGUCCCACGGUGACCUGUGCUGCGAACUUGCACAGUCUUCUCUUAAUACGUAAGUGCGCUCAUUAGUUCCCAUAGGCUAUCUCGUCCAUUCCUCCUGAAGUUCUGCCUUCAGAACUGUUAUUUAUAACCAUUCCUUCUCAGGUAAGGAAAUUCUGUCCCUGCAGAAGUGUCUGAAGUAAAAGUGCUGGUUUCCUGGCUUGCAGUGUUGGUUAAGUCUGUUUUGUGACUUGAGUCCAUGAAUAAAAGUCCCUGGCCUUUCGUAUGUUAACUAACUAUGUUAGCUAAC